AUGACUUCACGUGACGUAAACUUUCCUAUUACGGCAAAUUUCAACUCACCGAGACCCACUUUCUGCGAGGACAUGGAGGAUAUCACGAAUGUUCAAGGAAGGAAGGAGUCUGUGUCGAACUCUCCUAAUGAUGUUGACCUGGACGAGUUCCUCCAUGUUCAGCGUCUUUGUUCAACACCACCAAAUGAACCAGCCCAGGCUCAGACAUGUUUAGACGAGAUCGUUAUCCCUGCCGCCGCCAGCGACGAGAUACAACACAAGCAAAAGAGACAAGAUGAUACACAACGUGGCAGUGAACUGAAUCAUUCACGUACGCAGCCAAGACGUAGAGGAAUUCGUUCUAGUGUCUCAUCGAUACCCGAAUACUCCGUCAUAUGCUUCCCCUCCAACCCCACCAAACCGAACGGUAUCAAGAAAAAGAGGAAGGACUUUGACGAAAAGAGACGACAGGAAGUUGCUCAAGUACGCAAAAGCGGUGCUUGUUUUCGAUGCAAAUUCCGAAGGAUUUCUUUGUGUAUUCGCGAGAAACUGACCAAAAUGAGAUUCAGUUCUGGAGAUCUUCACUACAUUGAUUACACUGCGCGUCUGCUUGAUCAGGAGCUCAUUGCUGGCACGACCCAUCUGGGACCUCACCGUAAAGUGUCGUUAGCGAUGGACUAUCCUGGCAACCCAGCUCUGGAGGUCGAAGUCCAGGACUACUAUGGAAACACGACGCCGCCAUGGUUCUGCUGCUGGGUCGUGACAGAUCAAGCCGGCGGCCAAGUCGAAUCUUACCGGCAGGAAAGUGCCCGAUAUGCCUUGCCGCAACUUCUUCCACCCAGUCAUUUAGUUGGUUGGGUCGAAAGAAUCAUCAGCUACCAAGAAACCCGUUGCAUAGGGUUCCAACAAACUGUGGAUUCUUUCAUCCUGAGAUACAGUCAAUCAAAGUCACCCCUACCAAUGCAUGACUUUGUCCGCAAAGUGCACAAACUCAAUUGCCUGACUAAGAUCCGCCUGGGACUGAUUCUAUGUGUCGAAGAAGGCGGCGACAUGACACCGCCCUCUUGCGCUCUACAUACCCAAUUCGGACAGAUCUCGAAAGCGGCCUCCCAACCCAUUGAGAAAGAAGUUCUCCUAGAAUUGGAGAAGCUAGUUUUUGGGCCUACAGGAAUCGGUUCCGACAAUUCAAUAGCCCUCUGGGCCAGUCUCUGGUGCUUGAUUCUGAUGUACCGAAAACUGGUCCACACAUACAUGGCUUUUCGACAAUUCCCAUGCCAUGUACCAGAGGACUAUAGUGGUUUUCCAGAAUGCAAGCUGGAAGUCGGCACGCACUUCUAUCACUAUCUAGUAUCCAUAUACGCGGCCAUGUUCCGGGUAACCAGUCCCUUGUACGCCGAUUUUCGAGUCGCAGCUACGCGAAAGCUGUUAGAUGAUGAUGAAUCUCUCAUAGAAGCUUUCAUGAGUCUACGUACAGAGAGUUUCUAUUUUCAAAGAGAAUCCAUGUCCAUGUCAGCAUCGCCUGAUCAGUUACUGCGAAGAAUGAUUUUGGAUCGAGAAGCAGGGCUUAGACCCAAGCAGAUUAGUCACUGA